AGCAGUAACACUAGACUAGUGUGUACAUGUGUAGAAGUUUGGAAUUGGGGACCUAACAAUGUUGUGGACUGGGUUAUUUACGGGAAAUUGUGAGUGAGAUAUAGAAUUGUGUAUAUUUGUUACCGGCGUCGGUGUGUUGUUGUUAGUGGUAAUUUCGUUUUGGGAUGCGUGACAGCUUGUAGUAGACUCGUUCGGUUAUCUGAUAGCUUGGCACUGCUUAGCCAGCGCGGUGUUUUUGAACGCUAGAAAUAAAUGUAAAUGUGAAGCCAUUACUAAGGGGCCUAUUUUUUCUUUUCCCCCCUAUUAUAUUGGAUCACUUGUACUUGUUUGCCGAGUGUUCAAGGAACUUAACGAUAGUUGGAGUCCGGAACUUGUGUCCACAUGGGGCCAACGCGAUAUGUCUCGUAUAGCGUGUGUAACGUAUUAUGUUCUAUUUACAACAUCCUGUUCCACAAAAACCUUCAUAAGCGAUAGUAUCUACGUUUCUGUUGAGCUGUUCGGUGGUUUUGCUCAGAGAACAGAAUUAUGAAACCAUAAUUACAUGUUUUUUGUUUGGUACAAAUUUAGUUUGGUGGGUAACAUUUAUAACCAUUAUUGACGAACUCCGCACUAUCUUCGCACCGUGUAUAGUGUAAGUGUCAUGAAAGUGUCAUUUGUAUAUAUUCAAUACUUAUUUCUGAAAACUUCAGAUUUCAUUUUUGUGUCUGCACGAGAUUUCGCACGCAUAUCGAGUUUCCGUGAUUAAUAUAUUGGUGAUAAAUUUGUUCAGAAGUACAAAGCAGUGACUGUAAACAUGUAGCAAGACUGAAGGAAAUUGUUAGCAGUGGGGAAGUGGUGGGCAGAGCUUUCGCUACAAAACCACAAGUGACUAAGCUCUACUUGACAGUGUUCUACUUGCCUCCAGAGCAGCCUGCUCCAUGCCAAGGGUUGUCUCAACUUUUGAUAGGAAAAAUGGUCAAAGUGAUAGCUACUGUUUGCCUUUUGUGUGCUGCAUCUGUGUCACAUGCUGUUCACGUGAGUUCUGUAAAAGGCACAGAUGCACAUAAAAUGGAUUUGGAUGGUAAUAACUUGUACCAUAUUAAAAAAAUUUUUGCCGAGUAUGGUGAUGGAGAGAAUAUAUCGUUGGAAGGCUUUCUUCGCAUGUUGAAUGUAGGAAAGCUUCAACAGCUUGCCAACAACAAUGAAACCGGUUCCAACACAAAAAACAAGGCUGGAACUGCAUUAGUUGCUGAUCAGCCUACAAAAGUACAAAAUGGUGUGAAAACAGAGUGCAUAAGAGAAGCAGACCUACUUUCUACCAGCAGUGCUACAAAUUCUAGUGUUACUGUGAACACAUUUAAUGAAUACUGCCCUGUCCUCCUAUACAGUUUUGUAGCAAAAUCACAGUAUGAACAAGAUAAUGGUUGCAUUUAUGUACCAACGCUGACAGAACUUUCCACCAACAGUACAGGACGUGAAAUUAGUUUGAAAGUAUGGCUCUGUGCUGUUGCAAGUGUUAUUGUCGUAAGUCUGUGUGGCCUGCUUGGUGUUGCUGUAAUUCCCUUCAUGGAACGCGCAUUUUACCAGCAGAUGCUUCAGUUUCUUGUUGCACUGGCCAUUGGAACACUGUGUGGUGAUGCCCUCUUGCAUCUCUUGCCUCAUGCUAUUGCUGGAGAACAUGAUGAUGAUGAAAGUGAGCAUCAUUCUGAACAUGACCAUCAUUCUGAAGAUAUGGUCUUAAAGGGGCUGGUUGCAGUUUUGGGAAUUAUCUUAUUUUUUUUCACUGAAAAGUUCCUUACUGUAGUCGCAGAAUAUCACAAACGACGGCAGAAAAAGAGGGAGGCACCUCCAACAGUGCGCGUCGUGCAAGACUGUGAGGGAAUACGGACACCUUCUGUUGGAGAGAAAUUGUGCAAACAUAAAUAUAGCUCAUCACCAUACUGCUAUGACGAAAUUACAGAAAUGUCAGAAGCACAUAAAAAGAUGAACAACCCUGAUAACAUUUCGAAGAAAAAUAGAGAUUUAAACCUGAACCAGAACAAUCACUGCCAUACUUACGGAGAAGAUGAAGAGGAAGAAGAAGAAGAGGAAGAGUUUGAUCAUCAAAUGAGUUCUGUAAAUUGUAGUGGUGAGAUGGCCCUCCGUCCCAGCACAUCAAGUGCUUCUAAUGAAGCUGUUAACAGAGAUGGUCAACUUAGUUCUCACAACAAAGAAGACGAGAAAUAUAUUGUAAUUAUAAGAGAGCAUCAGAAUUCUCACCAUGGGCAUUCACAUACUCAUGGACAUGUACAUUCACCACCAAAGACAAUGUCAUCAGUUGUAUGGAUGGUGGUUAUGGGUGAUGGCCUCCACAAUUUUACAGAUGGUGUAGCCAUAGGUGCUGCAUUUGCUGCCAAUAUAGGUGGUGGCUUUUCAACGGCCAUCGCUGUCUUCUGCCAUGAGCUACCUCAUGAAUUAGGUGAUUUUGCUGUGCUACUGAAAGCAGGGAUGAGUCCAAAGCAAGCAGUAUUUUACAAUUUAUUGUCAUCUAUCCUCUGUCUGUUCGGGAUGGUGAUUGGAUUGGUAUUAGGCCAGAAUUCGUCAGCCACUUCAUGGGUGUUUGCACUAGCAGGAGGACUUUUUUUGUACAUAGGCCUUGUUGACAUGAUUCCAGAGCUUACUAGCGGCCACUCGAAGGAGGGCGGCUCGUUGUGCCAGUGCCUCCUGCAGUUCCUCGGCCUGCUGCUUGGUGUUGGAAUCAUGCUCUUAAUUGCUCUUUAUGAGCAUGAUAUUAAGACUGUCUUCAAAACUUGACGAAAAUAUUUUAAUAUUUCUUGGCAGCUGCUACUGAAGUCCCAUAUUUUAAAAUUCGUUGUUCUGUCAGUGAUAGUAGUUGAUUUUUAAGAUGUCUAUUGAUUUGAGUAUAAAAAUGUGUGGCAGCAUAUUGUCUGAUCCAUUCUGUGUGUGCUCAACAAAAAUCAUAAUUCAAUGAAACUGCCCUCUCAGCUUAUGUAUUUCUCUUUAAUCAUUGCUUUCUUUAUUAGCAUUUAUUAAUAUGAAGGUUUGCAAUAUGUUAAGUAGGGCAUUACAUAUCUCUAAGAUAAUUUUUCUACUUUUCAGUUUCCAUUAUUUGUUGAAUGUAAGUUCACCACGCUAGGACCUCCCCCCCCCCCCCCC